AUGAAUCGAUUCAAUUUUGGCGACUCCGACGAGUCAGCCUCCGACUUCGACGAGGACUCCUCUGACCUUCCUUUCCCCAAACCGCUAGCUCGAACAUCCUUUCUCGCCCCCGACUUCGAUCCCGCCACCUUUCUAUCGACCCUGACUAAUCGACACCAGAGUCUCGAGGACUUGAGACAGGAGCUUCGGGGACUGGAGCAAUAUUUAAACAAGGAGCUGCUGGACCUCGUCAACGAGAACUAUCAGGACUUUCUAUCACUGGGGACUGCGCUUCGAGGAGGCGAGGAGAAGGUCGAAGGUGUAAAAGUUGGUCUCUUGUCUUUCCAACGCGAUGUGCAAUCAAUCCGCGACAAAGUUGAGGCUCGGCGUCAAGAGGUGGAGCUGCUAUUGAACCAGAAGCGCCAAUUGCGCACCCACGCUGAUAUUGGCAAAGAUCUCCUGGAUUAUGCGGACCGAGUUGAGGAAUUGGAGCACCGUUUGAUGAUUGCCGAUAGGUCGUCGCCGGCCGAGGCAGCUCCUGCAUCCGACGAAUCGGACUCCGAAUCUGAUAUAUACUCGAGUGACAGUGAGGGCAGCGAUGACGAGGAGCUGGAAGAUGGGACAACACCAGUCUCGUUGAAACGGCUUGAGCGACAUGUCCAGAAAUAUGUAUUCCUGACAUCCAUUGCUACACGAGUGGGCGAGCAACAUCCAUUCUUACUUGCACAGCAACCUCGUGUGGCCAAGAUCAAGUCGACGGUGUUGUUGGAUCUGAAGACUGCGCUGGAACAGGCCAGUCAAGCGGGGAAGAAGCGCGACGCGAGAACUAUGGCAGUCCUACGUCUCUACGACCUCAUGGGAGAAGAUGUCAGUGCAAUCGCUGCGCUGAAGAAUCUAAAGGUAUAG